CUGUUUGUGAUCAUAACAACCUUAUUUAGUUAAUAACUUGACCCAAAAUUGGAGCGUAAAAGAAAGUCGUUUCGCCUUCUUACAAGUAACUUGUAUUUACUUGCUGAGAGUAAUGGGAAUAAAGGCAGCUUACCACGCCAUUUAGUUACAAAUUAAAUGUAAAUUAUGCUUACAAUUAAAAAAAUAUAAUAUGAUUGUAGUAGAGGAAGUUCCCACACUUAUUUAUGAUGUAUCUUUUCCCUAAAUGCCAACGAAGAGAGAUAUUAUAAUGCUAACUUAUUUGUUAUGUUUUCAUCCAAACAGAAGUCGAAGUAAGGAAGGCGAAAGGAUGAACAAGGUGGGCAAGCACAUCCAGAGCGGCGUCUCAUCACUGGGCAAUGGUGGCAGCAGCGGGGUCCUGUCCACGGCAGCACUGCUUGGCUCACCGCUGGAGGGAGCCAACGGAACUGGUACUACCGGGGCCACAAAUGUGUUCAAUUCAAUAAUAGGCAUCCUGCCCGACAAUCGUCCCAUUACCUCGCUUCACAUAGUAGAGGAUUUUGAACGCUGCCCGAAGAACUUUAAUGCCAUUCACCGCACCUACGACCAGGAUUCGGAUGCCGAUCUGUGGCGCGACUACAGCAUCUUUGGACGCCAGAAUACACGAUAUCUUUGCCUGUCCAAGUCCGAGGGUCUACCCGAAUAUGUGGUGGAAACACUCCAGGUCAUUGCAGAGAAGACAGCACCGCCCAAGGAAUUCUCACUGUUAUCCCGCACCGCUGACAGUGACCAGAAGGCCUGGCGUAAGCGGCAGAUAGCCUACAAGCUGUCCAAGCGUGGAACUGUCACCCAGGCCGUCACCGACAUUAUUCUCUGCUCCAAGCUGAAGGUAGCGCCCGAUGGUUUCAAGCUGGCCGGCGACAUCAACGGGGUGCUCAUCUGCUACAAGACAGGUGCCAUUCCUGUGCGCCUGCCACCACCAGUUCCCAUCGCCGGUAGCACCUGUGAGGUGGAGCAGGCCCUAAACCGUCUCAAUCUGCAGGGACACCGCAAUUCGCGUGGACCGCUGCCACAGCCACCGACUGAGCACCACGACUAUGAGGAGAUCCAAGCCAAUUAUCAAAUAAACUCGCCACAACGACCGGCGCCGCCACGUCCGGCGGGAGGUGGAAGCGGCGCCGGAGGAGGACGCGGUACUUAUGGCGGCACUGGCACCCUGGGCACUUACACGGAGCUGGAGGGCGUGCCCUUUGUGAUGGACGCGAGGCUGCAGCGUCAUCAAGCCGGAACUGAUAUACCCACACUGCCCGAAAUCUCGACGCUGCUCAAGUCCCUAGACUACGACUUUCAGCUAGAGCGUCAGAUCUUGUGCACGAUGAAGUCAUCGGCGUCGAAGAACCCGUUCUUCAAGUAGGAAGCGAAUAGGCAUAAGAAGCGCAUCACAAAUUGAACGUUAAGCAAUACACGGUGUGGCAAAUGAAUGGAGUUCAGCGUAUUAAGUUAAGCGUAGCGGCAGCUGCAUGGAAUACCCAGUAGUAAUUCAGUUUGAUUCAGUUCUGAGGACCUCGGCCCCUCCCCUAGAGUAUUCCAAUAUUCCUGUGCCUUCGAUAUGUAUCUUAUUUUGAUUGACGACGAGCAAAUGCCUCAGUUUCGUAAGCCCCACAUUGGAAAUUGCAAGCAAACCGAAUUGGAGUCGAUGUCAGGACCAGAAUCCUAUCUAUUUACAUCUAUGAAUCAUUCAUAUAUUUAGUCUACAAGGUAACAUACACACGUGCAUCGAUUAAACCCCGAAUUGUGAUCAGAGGA